UGUGCAGCCACCGAACAGCCCGAAUAAUCUCAUGGACUUUUGCCUCUUAGGAACUACUAAACUCCUUCAAGCUCCACAAAAUGACUGACGACCAGGAAACCCCAGAAGCCGAGGGGGCGACUGCGUCCGGGCGCGCGACCUUGCCGCUCCGGCCGCCGUGCGAGCGCCUCUCGUGCCACAAGAGCAGCGUCUGCUCCCGGUCGUACUUCGUGGUGGUGAUGGUUUUCUUUCAUGUGUACAUCAUUAACGUGAUCGCGCUGCUGUUUUACGUGCACUACAGCAGCGGGCAGGAAGACGCGAGCCGGAGUCGUGAUGCUCCCGGCGGCGGCGGCGGCGGCCACCAGCGCCCCGAGACGCGGCGCGCGCCACCAAAACCCGAGUUCCUGCGAGAUGCUUCCCUGACGAGGAUCGAAGGAAUAAGGGUGGGACAUGUCCAGAAGGUGUCAUUGGUGCCAGGAAAAGUGCACGAGAUGCGGACUCUCAGCCUCAAACCUCUGCUGUUCGAGAUCCCUGGGUUUCUGUCAGAGGACGAGUGCCGGGUGGUCAUGCAGCUGGCGCAACUCAAGGGUCUGAUGGAGAGUCAGCUGAUGGUCCAGGAGGGCCAGGAGGAGCUGGCGAAGGAGCUCAACCUCAGCCCAGAGGAGAUCUUUAACCUGCUCGAUAUCAACCAGGACGGACAGUUGCAGCUCCAUGAGAUACUGACUCACUCUCGAGUGAGAGACGGCAUCUGGCUCACACCGGAGAAUCUUAAAGAAAUCUAUGCAGGCCUCAAAGCCGAUAAGGAUAAUAAUGGUUUGCUGAGUCUGGAAGAGUUCAGACUAUUGAGCAACGACGCCUUUCAGCGCUUCCUGUUGAAGCGAGGGGUGAAAAGGAGUCAGCUGGUGAGGAACAGCAGACACACCUGGCUCUAUCAGGGCAAAGGAGCUCACCAGGUCCUGCAAGACCUCAAGGAGAGAGUGACUCGUCUCACUCGGCUUCCGCCCACCUUGGUGGACCUCAGCGAGCCGCUCCAGGUGGUGCGCUAUGAAGAGGGGGGCCACUACCACGCCCACCAUGACAGCGGCCCCGUCUACCCCGAAACGGCGUGCACGCACACACGCCUCGCGGCCAACACCUCCACUCCGUUCGAGACGUCGUGCAGGUACAUCACAGUUCUCUUCUACCUGAACUCUGUUGAUGGGGGCGGGGAGACCGCAUUCCCUGUGGCAGACAACAGGACCUAUGACGAAGUGUCUCUGAUACAGAACGAGGUGGAUCUGUUGGACACCAGAAGAAAUUGUGACAAGAGCAACCUGAGGGUGAAGCCGACCAAAGGGACGGCUGUUUUCUGGUACAACUACCUUUCUGAUGGAAGAGGCUGGGUUGGGGAGCAGGAUGAAUAUGCUCUGCAUGGAGGUUGUGUGGUCACCCGUGGAACUAAGUGGGUUGCCAAUAAAUGGAUCAACAUUGAUCCAGAUUACCAGCGGCAGGCUCGGUAUCAGCAGUUGGUGUCACAGCAGCCAGAGGAAGAGGAUGAUGAAGGUCUGACUCUAAACACAGAAGUACAGAGUCCCAGCAUCCAUCAGGACCUGUAACUCAUACACCAAAUUUAUAUUUAAGAAAAUCUUCCAAGCCUUUCUCAGUCUUCUGCACAAUGUUUUUAGUAACAUCCUCCGUGACCGGUUUGAAGAGACACGAUUUAUUCAGGGAACGAGGUCACAGUGGGUUUAUGCAACAGGAAAGAGACGACUUUGUUGAAUAAUGUUUUGGUAUUGCUAUCCUUUGAUUUUUCAUCUACUGUAAUUUCCCCUUUUUGGAUUGUUGCACUAGAAACUCUUAUGAAAGAGUUUGGACCUGAAGACUGCUUACCUUUGCAUGUUUAACCUUCACUCAUUUUACUGUUGCUGUAAGCAACAAUUGCACUUGAAAACUGAAAUGACAGUUGUUAGCAUUUCAAUGUCCCGUCUUGUUAUUGCUGCCAUAACCAAAAAAACAACAAAAAAAGACGCACACUUUCAGUGUGAUGCAUGUUGCCUUGUUUUUGUUCUUUGAAUUAAGAUUUUUUUCUAGGUGAAUGCACAACACAUUGAAUUGCACAAAAAUACUGUCUAGAUGUUCAGAUCUCAUUGUAUUUAUUUAUUUAUUAUGUACUUCCUUAAAAUGCACUGUCUCACUCUACCACACUGAAUAAAGUUGAGAGGAUCCCAUCUGUC